AUGCCAGCUCCACCGAAGCGCCCAGAGGAGGACGAGACAUUGCACUCUCCAAAGCAGCCCGUUCCAAACCGUGUUCCUGCAGGGCCUGGAAGGUUGUCCAGACGCAACAAGGCGCAGGGAGCGCAAGGCAAAUUGAUGGCUGCGCUUCCUGAGGAUCAGGAGCUUCCACCAAGCCCGAUGCAGUCAGGUGAGUGCUUCCGGCUCCGGCAUGUCCGAGUGGAGGCCCUGCUUCAGGAUGGCACGCUGGGCUUGUUGCUCCACGGAACCUCCGUGGUGGGUUUCUGCAGCGAGGAAGCAAAUUCACAUGGCUGGCUGGUCGGUGACCAGAUUGUGGAGAUCAACGGGAAGAGGGUCGCGGCCUUCGACGAGUUCCUCGAGCAAUUCCUGGCUGCGCAGGUCCAGGGUUUCCCCAUCACCUUCAGCGUGCUCCGGCGUGAAGCCCCAGAGGCUUUGGACGAGGAUCCACUCGAAAGCUUUUUCAAAGAGAUGGAUUUUGUAGAGCUGGCGGGCCGGCUCAAGAACAAGUUUGGCGGAUCGCCGAGUAAGGUCGAGCUUGCGAGUACAGGCAUUAGCGCAGGCGAUGCCAUUCUAGAAAAUCCUUACAUCCAGGCCCUGCGCCGGCGGCGAACUGAGCUGAGCAAGAGCCCAGAGGGCUGGAGCGAUGACGGGAUGUCCCUGGCCGCAAAAAUGGCAACUGAGCGGGGCGACGCCUUGGCCACGCUGAGUCGUGCUUCCACCGACACGCCGCGGAGGUUUGAUCGCCGAUCCGGUUUGCUGGACUGGUCCUUGUGCAUCAUGCGGCCGUGCCACGAGAAGGAGGUAGCAGAUGAGCUUCGAACGACACCCCGCAUGGACUACGACUAUGCGCAGGCACCGCUUUGGCUGAACAGGGACAAGGUUGGUAUGCCCAAUGCCGUUGUCCUCAGCUCCAGGGGAGCAUGA